AAGUGGAUUUUAUUUCUUUCCAUUGCUUUGACCUUUAUUAUCACUCCAAUCAAUGCAAUACCUUUUAACAAAAGAGCUAGUCAUCAACCUAAUGAUUCAUCUUCAUUAGUACCUGGUAAAUUCUUUGAUCGUGUCGUGAUUUUCAUUUUUGAAAAUAUUGAUUAUGCUGAUGCUGCUAAUAAUACUUAUUUCAAAUCUUUGGCACCUAAUCAUAAUGGUGUUGAAUUGACUAAUUUUACUGCCCUUACUCAUCCAUCUCAACCAAAUUAUAUUGGUCUUAUCAGUGGUGCAACCGAAGGUUGUGUUGAUGAUGAUUUGGUUAAUAUGGAUCGUGAUACUAUUGUCGAUCUUUUGGAAAAAAAGGGUGUCUCAUGGAAAACAUAUCAAGAAGAUUAUCCUGGAGGUUGCAAUGACUCAAUGUACAUUGGCAAGUAUGCAAGAAAACAUAAUCCAUUCAUCAGUUUCAAGAAUAUUCGAACUAAUCCCGAUCGAUGUGCUAAAAUCGUCAAUGCUACCGAAUUGGAUGAUGAUAUUGCCAAUGACACCGUUCCUCAAUUCAUAUUCUAUACACCUAAUUUGGAUCAUGAUGCUCACGAUACUGAUCUUAACACGGCUGCCACUUGGUUCCAAAGUUUUCUUGAACCCCGCAUCAAGCAAGCUAACUUUACAAAGAACACUAUGUUUGUUUCUACAUUUGAUGAAGCCAAACAUUAUACACUGAUUCCCAACUCAAUACAAACUGUCCUUUUUGGCCCUGACUUCAAGCGUAAAUCCAAUGUUACCACGGACAAUACUCCCUAUAAUCACUACUCUAUCCUUCGCACCAUUGAAGAUAAUGUAAGUUUAAAGAUACAACUAGAAUUCAUUUAAUUAACUAAAUCCAUUCAUCCAUAGUGGGAUCUCGGUACAUUGAAUCUGAUUGAUA